CAGUUUCCCGCCCGGAACCGGAAACCAAGCUGCCUGUGAACCUGCAACAUGGCGCGGUCCUGGAAUAAGGCAGCUGUUGUGCUCUGUAUGGAUGUAGGCUUUGCCAUGGGCAACGCCUUUCCUGGAGAAGAAUCUCCAUUUGAACAAGCCAAGAAGGUGAUGACUAUGUUUGUCCAGCGACAGGUUUUUGCCGAGAGCAAGGAUGAAAUAGCUUUAGUCCUGUUUGGUACCGAUGACACCAAGAAUGCCCUUGCUGCCGAGGGUCAGUAUCAGCACAUCACUGUGCACAGACACCUGAUGCUGCCAGAUUUUGAUCUGUUGGAAGACAUCGACAGCAAAAUCCAGCCAGGUUCUCAGCAAGCUGACUUCCUGGACGCACUGAUUGUGUGCAUGGAUGUGAUUCAACGUGAAACUGUAGGAAAGAAGUUUGAGAAGAGGCAUAUUGAAGUCUUCACUGACCUCAGCAGUCCAUUCAGCAAGGAUCAGCUGGAUAUUAUCAUCCAUAACUUGAAGAAGUCUGGCAUCUCCCUGCAAUUCUUUUUGCCUUUUCCAGUUGGCAAGGAAGUUGGAACUGAAGACAGAGGAGAUGGCUUACCCUUGGACCGUCAUGGACCCUAUUUUCCUCCAAAAGGAAUUACUGAGCAGCAAAAGGAAGGCAUUCAGAUGGUGAAAAUGAUGAUGGUAUCUCUAGAAGGUGAAGAUGGACUGGAUGAAAUUUAUUCCUUCAGUGAGAGUCUGAGACAGCUGUGUGUUUUUAAGAAAAUUGAGAAGCGGUCCAUGGCUUGGCCCUGUCAACUGACCAUUGGCUCCAAUUUGUCUAUAAAAAUUGUGGCCUAUAAAUCGAUUGUACCAGAGAAAGUAAAAAAGACUUGGAUAGUUGUGGAUGCAAGAACCCUAAAAAAGGAAGAUAUACAGAAAGAAACAGUUUAUUGCCUGAAUGAUGAUGAUGAGACUGAAGUAGCGAAAGAGGACACUCUUCAAGGGUUCCGCUAUGGAAGUGAUAUAAUCCCUUUUUCUAAAGUGGAUGAGGAACAAAUGAAAUAUAAAUCGGAGGGGAAGUGCUUCUCUGUCCUAGGAUUUUGUAGAUCUUCUCAGGUCCAGAGAAAAUUCUUCAUGGGAAACCAAGUUCUUAAGGUCUUUGCAGCAAAAGAUGAUGAGGCUGCAGCGGUUGCACUCUCAUCCCUAAUCCAUGCUCUGGAUGAAUUGGACAUGGUGGCCAUAGUUCGGUAUGCUUAUGACAGAAGAUCAAAUCCUCAAGUUGGUGUGGCAUUCCCUUACAUCAAGGAUGCCUAUGAGUGUUUAGUAUAUGUGCAGCUGCCUUUCAUGGAAGAUUUACGGCAAUACAUGUUUUCAUCCUUGAAAAAUACCAAGUACACACCCACAGAGGCACAGCUGAGUGCUGUUGAUGCUUUGAUUGACUCCAUGAGCUUAGUAAGAAAAGAUGAAGAGGAAGACACCAUUGAAGACUUGUUUCCAACCACCAAAAUCCCAAAUCCUGAAUUUCAGAGAUAUUUUCAGUGUCUGCUGCACAGAGCCUUACACCCACAGGAGCCUCUACCUCCAGUUCAGCAGCACAUUUUGAAUAUGCUGGAUCCCCCUGCUGAGGUGACUGCGAAAUCUCAGACUGCUCUCUCUAAAAUAAAGGCCCUUUUCCCUCUCACUGAAGUCAUCAAGCAAAAGGAUCAAGUCACUGCUCAGGACAUUUUCAAAGAUAAUCAUGAAGAAGGACAUGCUGCUAAAAAAUUGAAGACUGAAGAAGGGGAAGUGUGCUUCAGUGUCGCCAGCCUGGCCGAAGGCCGAGUCACCAGUGUGGGAAGUGUGACUCCUGCUGAGAAUUUCCGUGUUAUACUGAGACAGAAGAAUGCCAGCUUUGAGGAAGCGAGUCACCAGCUUAUAAACCACAUCAACCAGUUUCUGGAAACGAAUGAAACGCCGUAUUUUAUGAAGAGCAUCGACUGCAUCAAAGCCUUCCGGGAGAAAGCCAUCCAGUUUUCAGAAGAGCAGCGCUUUAAUAAUUUCCUGAAAGACCUUCGAGAGAAAGUGGAAAUUAAACAAUUAAAUCAUUUCUGGGAAAUUGUCAUUCAAGAUGGAAUUACUCUGAUCAGCAAAGAUGAAGCCUGUGGAAGCUCUGUCACAGCUGAGGAAGCCAAACAGUUUCUGGCCCCCAAAGAAAAACCAAGUGAAGAUGCCACAGCCCUGUGUGGGGAAGGAGGUGACGUGGACGAUUUACUGGACAUGAUGUAGGUCACGAACAUCUGAAGAAACCAAGAACAUUGCAGCGCUGUGGAGAACAAGCUGAAAGAGGCCAGUCAAGGGGACCAGAAGUCCUGGAGAGAGCCCCAGCAGGUUACUUGUGAAUGAUUCAGCUGAUUAUCUGUGUGAUAUACUUACCAGCAUGUUGCAAAGCAUAACUCAGGCUUUUUGCAAGUUUAUAAAAAGCUGUUAUUUUCUGA